UAAAUACUGUGCGGGAUUUGAAUUUCCCGGUUAGCUGUAUGACAAAUAGAAGAGACUUCCUUUGACAGCAACAUAAAUACUUGCGCCUGCGCUUUAUUCUCGAGCAUAUUUCAGAUCAAGAAAGGUUGGAGAUAGGUCUUUGUUUAGACGUUAGAAAAACCAAGUAUUUUGUAUGAACACCAACGAAAAAAAAAAAAAAGGAUAAACAGCCACAGAAACAAGAAGAGGCUCCACAGAAUGCGAAUGAGACUAACAUUGGUUUCAUUUUUAUACGAGUGGUUGAGAAAAACAAAUUAAGGGGUAUCCGAGACUUCCUUUGUAUACAAACAUUACAAAACUGGGUCUAGAGACCUUAAGGUGGAAUCGCGGAGUUAUCUCGGAAUUCUUCUGCGUUGCAUCAGGACGACGGUCGUGAUCAUGGAGAGAUCAAAUUAAAAAAAAGGGGGACUCUCUCCUUUUUCAGUGCGAACAUGAUUGGAAAAGGUUUUCUUUUUAGAGAAAGGCAGCCCAUGGAAUUGGGAGGAAUAGGGCAACUGUGUAGCUGCCGAGGGUUUAACAACAGAGCAGCCCGGGGUUACUUAGAGGAGAUCCCUAGAUCCUGAUUUAAAUCCCCCCUUUUAAUUGAUUAUACAAAAAGUUACAUAGAAUCUAGGGAAAUGGAGACGGUGGGGAAAUUCGAGUUCAGCAGGAAAGAUUUAAUCGGACACGGUGCAUUCGCUGUGGUCUUCAAGGGAAGACACAAAGAGAAGCCAGACUGGGAAGUAGCUGUCAAAUGCAUAAACAAGAAAAACUUGGCAAAAUCCCAGACUCUGUUAGGGAAGGAGAUAAAGAUUUUAAAGGAGCUGAAACAUGAAAAUAUUGUUGCAUUAUAUGAUUUCCAGGAAAUGGCUAGCUGUGUCUAUCUGGUGAUGGAGUACUGCAAUGGGGGAGACCUUGCUGACUACCUGCACUCUAAGGGGACCCUGAGCGAGGACACUAUCCGUCUGUUCCUGCAUCAGAUCGCAGGUGCCAUGAAGGUGUUACAGAGCAAAGGGAUCAUCCACCGGGACCUGAAACCACAGAACAUCCUGCUGUCCCAUUCCGGGGGGCGCAAAUCCAGCCCUGGGAACACCUGCAUCAAGAUCGCCGACUUUGGGUUUGCCAGGUACCUGCAGACCAAUAUGAUGGCAGCUACGUUGUGCGGUUCUCCUAUGUACAUGGCUCCUGAAGUGAUAAUGUCCCAGAGCUAUGAUGCAAAGGCUGAUCUGUGGAGCAUAGGAACCAUAGUGUUCCAGUGUCUGACUGGGAAGGCCCCCUUUCAGGCUAGCAGCCCUCAGGAUCUCCGGCUGUUCUAUGAGAAAAACAAGAACCUGACUCCCAACAUCCCACGGGAGACCUCCACCCACUUGCGCCACCUACUGUCAGGGCUGUUGAAGCGCAAUCACAAAGAUCGCAUGGACUUUGAUGAGUUUUUCCGACAUCCGUUCCUGGAAGUGAGCUCAUCCAUGAAGAAAUCUGCCCCAGUGCCAAUGCCUUCAUACCCAAGCUCGGGGUCUGCCAGCUCCUGCAGCAGCUCAUCCACCUCUCACCUCGCCUCUCCUCCUCAGUCUGUGGCAGAGAUGCAGCAGCUGCGAGCCAAGACUCUGGCUUCUCCUACCCAGGAUUCCCCGGGUUUCCUGCACGAGCUAAAGGACUCGGCAGGCAGCAGCAAGGACUCUUCCUGCGACAUGGACGACUUCGUCAUGGUGCCCGUGCAGUUCUCCAGUGACAUCGCCAGCGAGGCCACAGGAGAAAAACCAGUGCUGGACAGCCUCAUGUGCAGUGGGAGCUCUCUGCUGAUCUCUGCUGGACUGGGGAGUCAGGGCAAGACACCAUCCCCGUCUCCUUCCUUCAGCAACUCUCCAAGUCCCUCAGGGAGGCCGACUGAGUUUUCAGCCAGUAACUAUGGACAGUCGGUACCGAUCCCGGUUCCGACCCAGAUUCACAACUACCAGCGCAUCGAGCAGAACCUGCAUUGCCCCAGCCAGCACGUCUCCCCCAGAUCAGGACCACCAGUGAGAAAGUCCAGCAGUGCUAGCCCCUUGGGAUUUGGGAGGAGCGGGACCUCGCCACCCUUCCCAGGAGACCACGGAACAGCCUUCAGCUCCCGCAGACUCUCAGCUGGGGGCUCCAAACCCUAUCAGCCGUCUCCACAAGUUGGCACCAUCCCAGAGGUGCCUGGCCAGACCUUUCCCCUGGGAUCAGAGACUCGGAGUAGGCUACAGGGUGGAGGCCUGACUGUACCUGAGCACCUGCCUCGGCACGGCAUGGGCUCCCGGCUCCACAGCGCCCCCAACCUGUCAGAGGGUGGCGCAAACUUCUGCAGGCAGAAGAUAAAGAAGCAGCACUCGGACCCUGUGGUGCACCGGCAGUGCAGCCAGCCCCAGCAGGUCCCCUCCCUGCAGCCUGGCCGCCAGCUGCGCUCCUCUCCCAAACUCUCUGAACUCGUGCAUAGGAGCCCCCUGCCAACCAUCCUGGGCUCCCCCACCAAGGCCAUGCCUCCGUUUGAGUUCCACAAACCCCCCAGCUCCCAGAACCUGGUCACCUUACUGGCCCAGCAGGGCCUGGUCCUCACCCCGACACGCAACAGAACCAUCCCGGAUCUGAAGGAGUUGGGCCAGCCUUUCUGCCAGCAGACCGGCCCUAGCAUGAGGCCCGUGGAGGAGAACAAAGGAGCCUUUGGCAGGUCUCUCUCUGCCGGGAGGCUGUCUGAAAUGCUGUUGAAAGCAGCCUUCGGAGGGCAGGUGCUGGAUAGUGGUAGCCGUGAGAGUCUGAACACAGAGAGGCCAAUGGAUACAGCGCCCCCCAGUGGGGAUGGUGCAGACCUGCACUCUGGUGUGAUGGUGGUGGGGUCUGGCUGCCCGGCUCCUGUGGUGUUCACUGUGGGGUCCCCUCCCAGCGGCAGCACCCCUCCACAGACAAACAGGACCAGGAUGUUCUCGGUUGGCUCCUCUAGCUCUUUGAGUUCAGGAGGGUCCUUCAGUGGCAGACAGUUCUUGACAGGCACAUGCGCAGACGGCUGCGAGGGUCCUUCCAGUCUCCGAUAUGGCUUCAGUGACCCUGUGGCGGCCAGUCUUGAGGGUGGAGUGACCUUUGAAGCCCCUGAGCUUCCUGAGGAGACCCUAAUGGAGCAGGAGCACACAGAGACUCUGCGGAGCCUGCGCUUCACACUGGCCUUCGUUCACUGCGUGAUGGAGAUCGCUGCCACCAAGGGCAUUGUCACGGAAGGGGGCAGCUCGGUGACAUCAUCCUUCCAGCUUCAGGAGAGCAUGGUGGCCGACCAGAUCAGCCUUCUGAGCAGGGAGUGGAGUUACGCAGAGCAGCUGGUCCUGUAUAUGAAGACCACAGAGCUUCUCUCUGCCUCUCUGCACACAGCCAUGGAAAGCAUCAAACAAGGAAAGCUCUGUCCCUCUACCACCGUCAAGCAAGUGGUAAAGAAGCUGAACGAGCUGUACAAGUCGAGCGUAUCGUCCUGCCGCUCCCUCAAUGCCCGCCUGCAGAGGUUCUUCUACGACAAGCAGAAGCUGAUGGACCGGAUCAACAGCAUCACCGCAGACAAGCUCAUCUACAACCACACCGUCCACAUGAUUCAGUCCGCUGCUCUGGAUGAGAUGUUCCACCAUGGUGAGGCGUCGGUACAGAGAUACCACAAGGCUCUGCUGCUGAUGGAAGGGCUGUCUCUCAUCAUCAAUGAGCAGGCCGAUGUGGAAAACAUCAGCAAAUGCAAGCUGUGUAUUGAAAGAAGACUUUCUGCACUGCAGUCAGGACACUCUGCUUGAUGACUUCCUGCACCACUGACCGGAACAUUUUCUACCACCUUUGGCCCCAGCUAUGUGCCUGCCACAGGACACAAGGCAAUCGCUCUCGCUCUCGCUCUCCUGCAACUACUUCUCACUGUCCUGCAACUACUUCUCGCUGUCUUUCUCUUCAAUCUUGCUUCUUCUCCAAGCCGGUUUGAUGUAAAUGAAAUCCUUUUCCUGCGUGUUGGAGACAGAAGCACUUGUUCUUUCUUAAAGGGCACAGUCUCCUUGGAGAUUUGCCUGCUUGAGCAGCUUGUAAGUUGGGCUUCGUCAAAGGAAGAAAGUGGUGCUGAUUUGCAGCCCUGUGUAUGAAGGCCGCACAGGUGAUGUUCUGUUUACAUGUCGACAGCGCUGACCAUUACCAAUAAAUAUAUAAUAUAAAGAUUUAGCGUAGAAUGUAACUGGUAAAGCAACAGACAUGAAAACAGACCUAAGUUGGGGUACUUCUAACAGAAUUUUAAGAAGAUACUCAAGAAAGCUACUCUCCUCCGCUUUAUCUCCUGGCUCUGUCUCUCAGUGGAACUGUAGUGAAUAUCACACGAACAUCCUCACUCAAAGCGCAGAGCUGCUGCCGGAGUUGGGUGCAUUUAAUACGUUUUAAACUAAAGGCCAGUUACCAGAUGAGAGACCGAUUUGUACACUUACGUUCUGUCUGACUCUCUUCACUUGUAUCUUUUUUUUUUGUGGUAGUUCUAUAUCAAACACUGCCCUAAGGCACUCCUAACACUUUUUUUUCUCUCUACUACUGUGUUGGGAGGACAGCUUGUUUGAGUUUCUGACUUGAAAGAAACAGUUAUUUCGAAAGCCACUGUUGGGACUGUUUCCUGUUGGAAGGGCGGAAGGCUUUUGUUUGCUUCUCUUAGUGUGUGUGUGGUUUUUUUUGGGUUUUUUUUUUAAAUAUAUAUAUAUAUAUAAAGAAACCAGUCACCUUCAAAUAAUCUGGUUUCUUCUGUUUGUGGGGAAGAGUAUAUUUAGAGGAAAUUAAAUAAACCUUGAUAAAUGAGGAAUAAUUCCAAAAUUUGUAACCCCUUCAAAUUUGGGGGGGGGGGGGGGGGGUAAUUGAAACUUUUUAGGUUGGUUUAAAAAAUAAAUUUAAAUGUAAAAAAAAAAAGGGUGAAGCCAAGACUUGAUAACAAAAUCUACUCACUUUAUGGGGUGACGUAGUUAACAAGUAGCGCUAAUAUUCAACAAGACUGUAAAAGCAAAUGAUUCAUGUUCCAGUGUAAAGCCGUCAUUCUGCUCAAAAUGGUGUCAACUCAACAUAGACAUGAGAACUACAGUGAUAGAUUCCAGCAAUGCUGUAAGAUCCCAUCUUUAUGGAGGACACGUUGGCAGAGAAUGUAGGGAUCCUCUCCUUGUUCACAAACAGACCUGCAUGCAUGCAUGCAUGCAUAGUAAUCAUGUACGACCAGUGCUUAAAAUCAAAUUGAAGGUAUGCCAGUGUAUCAAGACCAAUGCGUUACAGUAUCCCAGUGCCUGUGGUGGUGCUGGGUAUCAGUCUGAAGUGGACAAUUUGAAACACCAAGUAGAAGCUAACAUUGCAAAAUCACGUUUAAUCAAGGAAUAAGAGUUUUAUUUGAAGCUUGUGUUUUGCUUUCAGUCUGGUUUGGCCCAUCAGGAUAUAGAGAAUCCCCUAUCGUUCGUUUUUAUUUUAAAUUGUAUUUAGUUAUUUUUAAGAUGACUUUUAUUCCUACUAUCUACUCUGUUAUCAAUUCCUAAAUUAGUUAUUCAUUCAGAAAUAGGGUAUGGUGGUUCCCUCCCUGGUACUAAAACCAGGAAGAGAAAUCAAGACAGUGCUGUAAAGUGGCUUAAGGAAAUGCAGAAGGAAUUGUAGCCGUUCGAUCCCACACAAACUGAAACACACUAAACUAGUCUGUUAAGAGGAGCACCUUAAAUACUUGUAUGUGAUGCCAGUUUAAACGCAUCAUAGUACUACUAAAUCUACAGAAUUUGCCACCCAUUUUUUUCUAUUGUACCCCCGAUACACUGUAGCCAUGUGCCCAGUGGCUACAGCCAAAGGAAGUCCCCUAGAGGGUUCAAAAGCUGAAGAACAUCCUUCAGUAGGCUUCCUUUCUUUCUUUUUUUAAUUUAGUAGUCGCUAAUGGCACACGCUGUCCUCCAAAGUGUGUGCCGUUAGCCGCAUGCUUUUUUUACACGCUGCAAACUCACCGUGCAGCCACCCAGAGCUACAGCGUCGGAGGGGCAGCUUACAGGCAAGGCCGCAGGUGCCCUGCCAGACCACAGGGGUCGCUGGUGCGCGGUGAGCUGAGGACACCCUGGCCGACCUAACCCUCCCUCCCCCAGGGCGGCGCUCGGCCAAUUGUGCGCCGCCCCCUGGGAGCUCCCGUCCUCGGUCGGAAAAGGAAUAACCUGGACUCGAACCGGCGACAUCCAGGCUAUAGGGCGCAUCCUGCACUCCACACGAAGCACCUUUACUGGAUGCGCCACUCGGGAGCCCCCAAUAGGCAUCCUUUCUGACUGCUGCUUUGUAGACAGUUUCACAGUCCAAAGGUGUUGUUAAAUGAUUACAGCAAACCAAUCCUGCUACUGCUAAAGGACCACUAAAGUGCACUAGAAAGUAGCGCAGGUUUAAAGUGAAUCUAUUACAGUGGUGCCCAACACUGGUUAUAGCUAACUUUGAAGUCUGCAAAUGUUUAAGAGCUAAAAACAAUUAAAAUUGAUGUUCCACCCUGCUUUACUGUUUCAUAUUGCCUACGGAAUUGACACACAAGAGUACUUUAAUGCCAGCACUUUAAUGCUAGUUCUGUACCUCCGGAUAUGUUUCAAAGUUAAGAAAACGCAUUGGAAAGAAGUUUAGAAUGAAACUGAGCAGGUGUUAGUUUUAAAAUCGUAUCAAAAUACAGGCUGCCAGUGGGCCAUGUGCUACAGUAUUGGGAGACUUUAUAAGCUAUCAAUGAAAGAAAAUAUUUCAGAUUUUUUUUUUUUUUUACAUUUUUUUUUUUUUUUCUUUUUAACUUUUUUCAACUGCUUGUCCUCCCGCCUUACUGCGAAAAAAAAGCUGGUUCUGUUGUCUGCAGAUGAGGCCAAUCAUUAGGGGGUUUUCUCCCUCUCCCCCUCCUCCCCUCAAAUGUCUGUAGAAAGUGAUUCUCCUGCUAUGCACGAGCUGAGAUCUGCAAGGACCUACUGCACAGCCCAAAUUCAAUUCCCAAACUGGUGCUCGGCCGGAGUGUCAGUUUCUGCAUGCGUUGGUGUAUAAACAGGCUCCAGAUACAGGCGUCUUGAGUCACUAACCAUGCUCUGUCCCUCCUGUUUUGUUGCACUACUAGUAAAUAAAUUGGUACUCUUCGUUGACAUAUUAAUGUUACCAGCAGACACAGAAAAGCUGCCCUGUUUGUUUUGAGCUGAACUUGGAACACAUUUUGUGUUCUAUUUUUUCCAAGUUUUGUAUUUGUUUGUGGGUGUGGCAACGUGCGUGCGUGGUGUUUUUUUGUUUGUUUGUUUGUUUUUUUAUUAAUUUUUUUUGCCAGUGUAAACUAAACUAAACUUAUAUAUAUGUGAGUGUUUUUACAAGUUUGUUUGUAGUCGCAUGUAUUUUGUUUUUGCUAGAGUGAUUUUUAGGUUUUGAGUGUAUGCUUAGAUUUGCAUGUGUGUUGGAGGAAACGGCAGCAGAUUUUAAUUAAGUAUACAUUUGUGGAAAGAGUGUGUUGGCUGGGCAAACAUAUUCUUAGAAAAAAUAAAUAGUGAGUUAAUAUACAUUUUUCCUAGAUCACAGUUUAAACUAAAUGAAAAGAGGCCAUGCAUGUAUUUUCUGCAAUAGGUGUAUUUAUCAGUUUUAUUUGUUACUGAAAUAUCAGCUCUUAAAGUACACUGGCUACAUCAGUCUGAUGCAAUUGGGUGAUAACUGUGGCCACAGUGUGAGGUCACAAAAGGGAAAUUCAGGUUCCGAAUUCGGAUUUGUUUGAAGUGAAUGAGUUGCCAGUUGACAUUAUGGGUUGAUGAGUGGAGUUGUGAAUGAUGAGCUCCAGGAUUAAAACUGGGUUAUAAGUGAAGGUAUUGGAAUUGUGCCCAGCAUUAUUCCUUUCGAGCUGUUGAUGAAAAUGAAUGUACCGUGGACGCCCACAUUUAACACGUACUGCUGUGUAUGUGGUUUACAAUUCACCAAACCAAUGUAUAUUGUUUUCAUAAUACUUGAAAAUUUGCUACUGUGCUUAUAUAUGACUUGUUUUGCUAUAUUUUCUAUUAGCAAAUAUUUUAUCUAACCCCUAGCUUGUAAAUAAGUUCUGUAAAUGAGUAUUUAUUGCUUUAUAGAUAUAAGGAAUGCUAAACAAACAAAAAAAGAAAGAGUAUAUAUAUAUAAUGUGUUCAGGUUUGUAAUGUUAUGUAUCCUUUGAAACAAAGCUUGACCAUUUUUUUUAAUGUGUUUUUUUAAUUUCUCAUUUCAUUGUCUGUGAUGUAACCCUUUUUUUUUGCUUUGAACUGCAACACAAAUAAAGUAUAAAAUGUAAUUUAACAA